AUGGAUAAUGAAGAUCAGUCCCGCAGUGAUCAAGCUAAAGCUAGCCAAGGAGGUGAUUUAAUGGCUGAGAAAAAGACACGAGAUCUAUACGAGGAUACUAGAGCAGGACCAAGUUAUUGUGAUAAGAUGAUAGGACAUGCAGUCGAUGCGCGUAUAUUUGAAAGUGCCUGUUUAGAUUAUGAUAGUGAUGAUAGCGUUAAAGACAAGACUUAUGAACCACAUAAAGAUAUUUUGGAUGACAGCUACGUCAGUGAUUCGCCAGAAAAAGUAUUCGUAAUAUCCAGGUCUUUAAAAGUGAAAAGGAAGCUUUCUUUUUCAGAAGAAUCGCCUCAAAGACAAAGUAAAAUGGCAAAUAAUGAAGAUAAUAAUUUAAUUACUUUAGAAAAUCUUCUAGGUCCAAGAAAAGAACGCAUGUCUGCAACUUUAGUUUUUUGUGAAAGUUCUAAAGAACACGACCGUUUUUCUGCUGCCAACGGAAAGAAGAAUAAAGAUGAUAAGGAUUUUAGAAUGUCAGAAUGUGUCUGGCUUCAAGUUAAACAUGACCAGCCCGGAAUAUUAUCUUAUAAAAAUACAUUCGAAGGAGAUUUUUGCGAAAUAUCUUUCAUCCGAAAUGCUUCUAAGUGGAUUCAAUUCCCACAAAAUUUACCUAGUGUAAGUCAAAGUGAAAAACCCAUAUCUACUGCAAAAUACAAUGAUUUGAUGAGUCUUUUACAAUGGAUUCCACAGGAAUUCCAUACAUAUUAUAAAAAUUUUAAACAUUUGGAGAGUGAGGCAGAUUAUCCUGAAAUUUAUUGA